AUGCGAGCACCUUACUCCCUGUCCUGCCUCUUCCUGCUGAGCCUGGGCAGCUGCCUGCCCCGCGGCGAGCGGCCGGAGCUGGCACACCCUGGGCACGGGAGCUCGCUGGAGCCCAGCUGGCAGCGCCUGGCGGCCGAGGACUGGGGCGGCCGGAGGGCAGCGGCGGAGCGCAGGCGAAGCCAGGAGCUGAGCUCGCUGCAGGGCAUCGCCAGGGAGCUGCGGGGCCUGGGCAGGCAGGGGGCCAGGAGGCAGCUGGGCGGGCAGGGGGGCUCCGAGCUGCUGCCCGCGGCGGGGGAGAAGCGCAGCGGGGCCCUGGGCAGCCUGGCCGAGGAGCUCAAUGGCUACAACAGGAGGAGAGGAGGCUUCACCUUCCGCUUCGGGAGGUGA